AUGCAAAGGGGUUUGGAUUCACAAACUAAAAAACAACUAGAAGAGGAGGAGAAGAAGAUAAUUAGUGAAGAACACUGGUAUCUUGAUUUACCAGAUCUAAAGGAGAAAGAGAGCUUUAUAAUAGAAGAGAGGAGCUUUAUGCCAUGUGAGGAUCUACUUUAUGGCAGAAUGUCCUUCAAAGGAUUCAAUCCAGAAAUUGAGAAGUUAAUGAUCCAAAUGAACUCUAGGUGCAAGGAAGAAGAAAUUGAAGUGGAUGAUAAAAUGGAGGCUGAUGUGUCAGAUGAAGAAAUGGCCAGAAGAUAUGAAACAUUAGUGGGAACAAUAGGGAAGAAAUUCUUGAGGAAAAGAGACCAGCGUGUACUCCAGGAUGAAGAUGAAGAUGGGAAUAGUAACACAAGACCUAGCAAAAAAGCUAAGAAAAAGUUCUUAAAACCUCAGGAUUAACGUCAGCUGCACAACUGGAGUUAAUAGAAAUGUUAUCUACCAAAUAUACUACCACGAACUGGAGAUUGUUUGGAGUUUUUGCUAUUUAAUGUAAAGGAUAGAUUUGUAAAUCUGAGUCUGUUCUCAUUGAAAUUUCUACCAUCCACACGACAAACAUUUUUCAAAGUGGGUGUGUAUGUAAUGGAUGUCAUACAUCCUUUCCUUUCUCAGCAGCUUUUAAUAUGUGGCGCACUAAUCCCAUCAGCCUUUUUAAUUGUGCAUAACUAGAUUGAGUGUCACAUGCAAUCGAGAGCAUGAUUAUUUACAAUUUAUGAUAACAUCUGAAAGAAGCAUUUGGAGUAAAGACGAGCUUUGUCCAAUCCA